AUGGACGUGCUGUUAUUUCGUAUGAAGCGAAUCGUUUCCUAUUCCGUUCUCUGGUUCUUCAUAUGUUCUACUUCGAUCAACGGUAAUGGUGACAAUUCUCUGACACAACGCAUCAAUGAAUUGAAGUUGAACUAUCCAGUACUAACACAAAAGUGGAAUGAAUUUAUCUAUCAUGCCAACAUAAAUGGCCUACCGCCCCAAAUAAACAAGGAAGCACAAAACGGACAUGUUUUAUACUGUUGUCAACAAUCAGACGCAUUUCAACCAAGCUCAACACUCAUAGGAGGGAAAUUAGACAUGCAUUUAUAUGAGACAGAUAGGAAACGACCCACAAACUUUCCUACCGUCAGCAAUCCGAAGUGCAACAGAUUUGGCAUAUCGGGUAUUCCGGAUAAUUGA